AUGGCGUCCAGGGCCAAGCGGCGAGCGACGGAGAGUGGAGUCUCGCGGCCUCCGGGAGCCCCUGUCAAGCACGAAGAGGAAGAAGAGGAAGAUGAAGUCGAGGAUGAGGAAGAAGACGAGGAUGAAGACAGUGACGAAGCAGAGGGUGAAGAUGACGAGAUUGUUGACGAGCUUUUCCUAAAGGCUCCUGUGAACACUGCAGAACUAACAGAUCUCUUAAUUCAACAGAACCAUAUCGGGAGUGUGAUUAAGCAAACGAAUGUUUCAGAAGACAGUGAUGAUGAUAUGGAUGAAGAUGAGAUAUUUGGCUUCAUAAGCCUUUUAAAUUUAACUGAAAGAAAGGGUACCCAGUGUGCUGAACAAAUUAAAGAGCUGGUUCUAAGCUUCUGUGAGAAGAACUGUGAAAAGAGCAUGGUUGAGCAGCUGGAUAAGCUUUUAAAUGACACCACCAAGCCUGUGGGCUUUCUGCUAAGUGAGAGAUUCAUCAAUGUCCCUCCACAGAUUGCUCUGCCCAUGCACCAGCAACUUCAAAAAGAACUAGCAGAGGCACACAAAACUAACAAGCCAUGUGGGAAGUGCUACUUUUACCUGCUGAUCAGUAAGACAUUUGUAGAAGCAGGAAGAUCCAAUUCCAAGAAGAGAUGGAACAGGCAAAAGAAAGAUGUUUUAAUGUUCGCAAACGCAGAGGAAGAAUUUUUUUAUGAGAAGGCAAUCCUAGAGUUCAGUUACUCAGUGCAGGAGGACAGCGACACUUGUUUGGGAGGCAGAUGGUCUUUUGAUGAUGUACCAAUGAAGCCGUUGCGAACUGUGAUGUUAAUUCCAGGCGACAAGAUGAGUGAAAUCAUGGAAAAACUGAAAGAACAUCUAUCUAUCUAGCCCAAUUCCCAUGGGUAGUGAUGGGCUUGUUUUUGUAAAAUAUGAGAAUACCCAGUGGAGAUUUACUGAAAAACUCAUGACUUUAUUCAGGGUAAAGUCCUCUACAAAAAGUAGGGUUCUAUUUCAUGUGUCUGUGACACAUUUUCAAAAUAAUGUUUUUUUUUUAAAUUUUGGUCAGAUUAUGAAUGGUUGAUUAAAAACUUCGAAUAAGAACAUGGAGUAGGUAAUUUAAAGAACACAAUAAAAACUCCUAUUUUUUAUUUUAAAAUCAUAUACGAAGUGUUGCUUCUUUAGGACUGUCCUGUGGGUUGUGAUGUCUGUCUUCACCUUACGUGUCUGCAUAAGGCUCCAGACAUCCACCGUAGGCUCCCCGUGAGAUCCUUA